AUGGAUGAUCCCUUGGUAUGGGGAUUCCUCCCCUUGAAGUACAACUUUGGGCUGUCUUCAUCAAAUAGACGAUGGGGAAUGGCCAGUCAUGAUAUCUGCUAUCAGACCCGACCACUGGCCUUUUUCUUCACAAUGGGCCAACUCCUACCUACGCAUAGAUCCGCCCACUCUCAGUUCGGCGGCAUUGCGCAGCCAGCCGUGACCCAGGCAAUCAGACUCUUGUCGAAGGGACCCUUCCCCGCCGAACCGCACCUUGCGAGACCCGAGCGCCAGAGCUUCAGCCUGCAAAACGUCUGCGUCGAUCCAUUUUCCGAUCUACCUACGGCCUAUACGACCAACGGCGAAGAUUCCCACCUCGCGCCGUCUGCAUACGCCUGCAACUCAUACUCAUGGGUCCACAUCUUCCCCGAAGGCAAAAUCCAUCAAACCCCGAACAAGAUCAUGCGCUACUUCAAGUGGGGUGUUGCAAGGCUGAUACUGGAGGCCAGCGAAUGUCCGGAUGUUGUCCCCAUGUGGUUGGAGGGUUUCGAUCAGGUCAUGCACGAGAGCCGUGAGUUCCCGCGGUUCCUUCCACGGCCUGGCAAGGAAGUCAGUGUGACCUUUGGAAAAAAGGUGGAUACUGAAGCGGUGUUCGGAGAGGCGCGAAGUCGAUGGCAGAAGCUCAAGGCGAAGGCCGAGCUAGCUUCGCCAGAGACGCGCGAUCUUCCGCUUGGUGCUUUGAACGACGAGCUUCUGUACGGGGAAGAAGCCGUCGAGUUGCGCAAGGAGGUCACAAAGAAAGUCAGGGACCUCGUCCUUGAGGUGCGACGGUCUAGGGGUCAUUCCGAUGAAGACCCCAAGGCGGGUCUCGCAGAAACAUGGAAUAUUGAAGGUGGUAAGGGUGAGGGGAAGAUGGCUGAUGAAUCGUGGGUUCGCGAUCUAUAA